AUGACCCAAGGUGCGAGCAACGGCCACCCGAACGGGUUGACAUCUGCCCACGUUCCAUUCCUCCCCCUCCCCUACGAUAGCGAAGACUCUCAGCAAUCCGCCACUCGUUUGAUCCUGACUGUUCGACCAGACUGGGACACCGCCGAUGACAAGAUCGAGUUUGUUCGCUUCACCGACGGCAUCACCAACACCUUGCUCAAAGCCAUCAAUAAGCGAAAAGGGUGGUCAACGGAGGAGGUGGACAGGGAGGCUAUACUGUUGCGAGCCUAUGGCAAUGGAACCGCCGUUCUCAUUGAUCGCGAGCGCGAGGCUCAGAACCAUGAGCUUCUCAUGAAGUAUGGCUUGGCACCCGAGCUGCUUGCUCGCUUCAAGAAUGGCAUGCUCUAUCGCUUCGUCAAAGGCAGCGUAACCGCCCCCGAGGACCUCAGGAAGCCAUCCAUCUACACCGCCGUCGCCAGAAGAUUGGCUCAAUGGCACGCCACUGUCCCUUGCCUGACGCACCCGACAUCGAAGAACGGCAUCGCCAGGGGAAAUGGGGACCACAGCCACCUAGACCGGGACGAGAUGAUUGAGAAUGCCGCGCCCGGAAAGCCAACGCCGAAUGUCUGGACCGUAAUGCAGAAAUGGAUAUUGGCCUUGCCCACGGAUACAUUAGAACAGAGACAGAGACAGGACAAGUUACAGCACGAGCUGGAAUGGCUUGUAAAUGAAUUCAGCCAGCGCCCUGGAUUGGGGGUCGAUGGGCUUGUGUUUGCCCACUGCGACCUUUUGAGCGGGAACGUCAUAGUGUUACCGACGACCUACGCUGCGAGUGGCGCUAAGGAUCAAGUCUCGGUCACGUUCAUCGACUACGAGUACGCAACCCCGUCGCCAGCUGCAUUCGACAUCGCCAACCACUUCGCCGAAUGGGGCGGUUUUGACUGCGACUACAGCGCGCUGCCUAGCCGUAGCCAGCGUCGUGAAUUCAUCGAUGAGUAUGUCCGCGCCUACUUCAAGAUUUUGCCUGGCAAGAACAUCAUCGACUUGGAGACGGAAGUAAAGAAACUCAACGACGAGGUAGACCUGUUCCGUGGCGUACCAGGCUUUUACUGGGGCAUCUGGGCGCUUAUCCAAGCUGUCAUCUCGGAGAUCGACUUCGACUACGCAUCUUACGCCGAGACACGUCUCGCAGAGUAUUGGGCCUGGAAGGACGAAAGGGAUGGCAGCAGAGCCGCAGCCAACAAGGAAAAGCCUCUGCGCGAGCGACGAUGGGAACAAAUGGAGUAA